GCAGUGGAGGUUAUUACCUCUUCCGUAUCUCUCAGUCCACUUGAAACUUCCGUGUUUCGAAGGCUAUCGUACUGGGUCAAGCUGUGUAUCACAAUGAGAUCCAUCCCGGAAGACCUAACGGCACUUAUUUCAGAUCUGGAAACCUUUUUGACGGAUGUUCUUAAAGGGGAGAAUUUGAGCAGGAAAGCAAAAGAGAAAAAGGAUGCCUUUAUCAAGCGGAUUAAAGAAGUGAAAUCGAGCUACUCUCAGGAUUUCAAGGACGAACGAGAUGAAGAGUUCACUGACCUUGACGAGGCGGACACCAGUAACGACGGCGGAUCGCUGCACUCAGAGCAGACUGACAGGGAUGAUAGUGCUUAUGAUGGAGUUCAGCAGUCUCCCCCGGUGGCAGCUCAGGACCUUCCAUCCAUUUUAAAGAGUGGCUACCUGGAGAAACGCAGGAAAGAUCACAGUUUCUUUGGCAAUGAGUGGCAGAAGAGAUGGUGUGCCAUAAGCAACAAUGUAUUCUACUACUAUGGUGGUGAGAAAGAUAAACAGCAGAAGGGAGAGUUUAAUAUUAUUGGCUACACUGUCAAAAUGAACAACAAUCUGCGGAAAGAUGCUAAGCGAGAUUGUUGCUUUGAGAUCUCUGCUCCAGACAAGCGUGUAUAUCAGUUUUGUGCUGCCUCUGAGAAAGAUGCUAAAGAUUGGGUGGAGCAAAUUCACUUUUUGAUCAAAGACAUGGAUGGAAUCAUUCCUGAAGAUGAAGAGGAGUAUGAUGACUGCUUGGCAAUGAGCUCAUCAUCCAAGACUGUGACCUCAUCACCCAUGGGUGCUGCUAUCGAUGAUGACAUCUAUGAAGAACUCCCUGAAGAAGAUGUACCCCAGCCGCCUAAAGCACUAGUAACCCUGGCCAACAAACCCCCACCACCAUCCACCCCAGUUACAGCAGUGAACAAGAGCACAGACUAUGCAAACUACUUCCAGGGGUUGUGGGAUUGCACCAGUGACCACCCUGAUGAGCUGUCCUUUAAGAGGGGAGACACCAUCUACGUCCUCAGCAAGGAGUACGACACCUUCGGCUGGUGGGUGGGGGAGAUGAAAGGGGCUAUUGGAAUCGUGCCAAAGGAGUAUCUUCUGGAACUGUAUGCUCUGUAAGGGACUUGAGGUGAGCAAAUGUUCCUGGAAUGUUACCCAAGCAUAUCUAAUCUAAUUCUCACACAAACAGGAAACAUACAUUGAUUUGCCUUAUUAUUUUUUUAAAUUUUUUUAAAAAUGUCUGACAUAUCUAAGCUGUUAUUUUGAUCUAGUUUUAUAACAUGUUUUAGUUUUUUUCUAGAGACCCCUUGUUGGCCUGCUGUUGUAGCUUCAUGCACUGCCAUGUUUCACAAACCACUGUCUGUUUCACUGUUUCAUUCUGUGUAAGAUGUAAAGCAAACUGCAAAGCAUUUCAAAAGCACAAGUGAUUUUAAAAUAUACGCAACGAAAGAUGUAUAUGCUUAGAUGUGAUGCUUUGAAGUUAUUUAAUGCACAUGUGCUCCAAUAUUUAAUAUGAAGUAUUGAGUGAAUGUAAAUCUUUUUUGUCAUUCAAGUGCAUAAAUACUUCAUAAAUAUGUUAUAAGUGUUGUGUAAAUGAAAUAAACGCAUAUGUGUUAAUGGUGCAUAAAA